AUGGAGACCAAGUCUAGCUCAAAACACACUGAACCAAAGCAACGCCGAAAAGUAGUCUUUGUAGAUCCAGAUGACUCGGAAGUUCCAUAUUGGUGGCCUGCCUUGGUAGUCCCACGCAAAGAAAUAGAUGCCUUCAAAGAAAAAGUGGAUUACUUUACAAAAUGUCCCGGUGAGGGGGAAAAGCUGGUAUGUUAUUUUGAAGACGGUUCAUAUUCUAUAGUACCAGAGGAAGCUCUCCUCCCCUUUGACACUUCGAUUCCGCCGUUUACAACGUACGUUCAAGGACCAAAUUCAGAUUUAUUUCUGAGAGAUAAGGCUGUUAUGGAUGCGAUAGCGUACUUUGAUAAUGGCGUCGUUCCUCAAGUUUUUAAGUGGCUUAGAGCUGCCGACGAAGCAGGACACUCUGGACAUGGUAAUGGUACCGACGAAGACCACAACAAUGAGAGAGUCAGUACAGGAGCAAAGAAAAGGAAAGAGAGCAGUGCUGGAUUAUCCAAGAAAGAAAAGGAUGGAUUUGGGAAUGGGAAAACACAUGGAUCAUCGAGCGGUAGUUCGAAUAUUGAUGGCAAUGGAGGAAGCGCUGGAUCUGACAUUAGCAACAAGAGGGAGGGAGGGCUUAAUAGGAGAGAAAGCUUUAGUGGUAAUACAAAGAAUGGCGCAUCUGGAUUAAGCAAGAAGCCCGCUCAAUCGUCUACAUCCGCGUCUCGCCUAUCGAAACCGCGACCCAAAGCCAGCCAUCCAACCACACCCAGACAACUGCCAUACUUGAACUCUUCGUCAAAUAUUGCUUCAGCAACGUUGAAAUCGCCCUCGUUUCCUCCACAACACAAUAAUUCCGCUACGAAAAAUGCAACGUAUUUCCAUUCUCUCAUGGGCUUACCAUCACCCGGUUCUAUGUUUUUCCCAAACGGCCCCCGAUCAGAUCGCAUGAUGUCAAGUGUAUCAGGACGAUGCGAGCAGUGUGGCAAAAUAUCGGAUGGGGAAAUAAAACAGCAGUGCGGUACUUGUACAGAUUUCUUUGAAUGGGUUAUGUCUGCUGCUACUGGUGAGAAGACUGUCAACGAAUGCUUGGCUGAAUAUGUGGAGAGAAAGAGAAGACCAGUAGAGCUUGUUGGGGAGUCGGAAGAUGCAAUGUCAAGGGUGUUGAGCGAGGUUUUGCCAAUUGGGAAGCGUCGAAGGUGGCUUGAAAGAUGUGGAGGUGGUUUGUGA